AUGGCUCCUCACCGCGUUCAUGUCGCCGUUCUAGACACCGAUGUCCCCUGCUUACCAGUGUAUUCCAAACGAGGCCUCUACAGCUCGCAAUUCAGGGUCCUCCUCCAAGCAGCCGCAGAACGAAUCAACAAAAAUGCAAACGUGAAUCUACGAAAUGGUCCGCUGAGUGUACACGUCACAGCCUUCGACGCUGUAGGCGGUUCCCUCCCACCACUAGAAUGUCUACGCACCUCACCCUUCAAUGCCUCCGAGAUACAAAACCAUGGCCCAUUCGGUCCUUUCGACGCUAUCCUAAUCACUGGCUCGAUCAACUCAACCUAUGACUCUGACCCAUGGAUCAAAGUACUAGAAUCGUAUAUCCAAACAGUUCACUCCGCAUUCCCGAACGUCAAGCUCUUCGGUUCCUGCUUCGGUCACCAACUCAUCGCGCAAGCCCUUCUCUCACAACCAAACAGUGAACGGACGCAAAACUUAACCCACCACGUCGAGAAAUCGGCCAAGGGCUUUGAAAUGGGUAUUCACCCAAUCACCCUCUCUGAAUCAUUUACAUCGCACUUUCCCGUCUUCGACGAAAGCACCAAACCGUUCCGUGUCCAGUUAAUCCACGGCGACAUUGUGGUUCCUACACCUAUUGCGAAGUCUCUUGCAGCUGCGUCGGGUGUUAAUGAGGUUCCCCUCCCAUCGCCGUGGAUGAGUAUUGGGAAGAGCGCUGCAUGCGAUAUUCAAGGCCUUUAUUGUCCUGGUCGUGUCCUUUCGUAUCAAGGACACUUUGAAUUUGAUUCAUUCUCGAACCGGGAGCUGUGUAUCGAAUUCGCACGUCGGGCGAACUGGCCUGCUGAUCUACUUUCUUCAUAUGUGGAGCAGAUUGAGCGAUCGAGGAUUCCUGGGGCAGAGGAUGAUGAUGAUGAUUCUAGGGUUGCUGCUGAGGCAGUUUUAUUAUUCUUUGCUGGGGAGGAUGGGGAUCAAGCGGGUCCGAUGGAUCAGUCUCAGGUGCCAGCAAUGAAUAAAUUGAAGUCUAUUUCUGCUCCUGGAUUUGAUGUAUUGCCUGAUGGAUAUGUUGCAUCUAAUGGCAUGCUUACGCCUCCAAUUGAUUGA